GUCCAAUUUUGUCCAUCAUGGGCAAGUGUCAAGUGUUUUGGCUCGAUCAAGUCCAAAACGUCACCGUCUGAGGACGUCAGGUAGUAAAGCUGUGAGCUCCAGAGCAGCCCAGACCAAGUUGAACACACCGACGCCAACACACGCGUCUCACACCUCCCUCCCUCCUCCUCCACAAAACGGCGUCGUCUCCGCUCCUCCUCCGCCUCCUGAAUCAUAUGUGGGUGCCAGCUUUCCAGGUACUUUACCGCAUGGCUACUCCACCUCGGAUCUGAUUCUCAUUCUCUUGGCUAUCUCCAUUGUUCAUGUAUCGGAUCAGAUCUUGUUCAUUUGUUAUGUAUAUUUAGGUUUAUUCUUUGUUGAAAGAUUAAGCAAAGAAACAAAGAAAAUGGAGACGUAUAGUGGAAGUUCCCCAAAAAAGAGAUUAGAUCAAGGAUCCAAUACCCAUUCCCUUUCCUCAGGAUUUGAGUUAGAACCUGAGCCAUCUGGUCACAAUCAUCAUAGGUUUCACUCAAUGAACGCCCUAGAAAUCUUGAGGGAAACGGUUCGCAUUCUCCGCUUUAAUUCUUGGGGGUUUUUGGCAAUUGCCAUCUUGCUGAUUAGCCCUGUGUCUGCCGCCAUGCUUUUGUCCAAUAUGCUAGUUGAUCACUCACUUGUAAAGAGACUAACUGUAAGGAUGUUACUAAUUGCCAAGUCCAGUGGACUCCCAUUGAGGCCUUUCGUCAGUCACUCGUGCCAGAAGCUUGCCGAGACGGCUAUCUCGUCCGCUAUGUGCUUUCCUUUGUACAUCACAUUGUCCUUGUUGUCCAAAGCCGCGCUUGUGUACUCUGUGUAUUGGAGCUAUUCCCAUAAGAAGUUUGACGCGUCCAAGUUUUACUUGGUCAUGUGCAAAAUAUGGAGGCGGCUUGUUUCUACUUUUGUGUGGAUGUGUAUGGUGGUUGUUGGUUGCAUCGCCUUGUUUUUGAUGGUUCUUCUUGCAGUGUGCAAUACAUGUUCUGUAUUUGGGUUGUCGCCUCAGCUUAUCAUAUAUGCCGCAAUAAUGGUUGGGCUUAUCUUCUCGGUUGUUUUUGCUAAUGCUAUUAUUAUUUGCAACAUUGCAAUGGUGAUAUGUGUUUUGGAGGAUGUCUCAGGACCAGAGGCAUUGGUUCAGUCUGGAGCUUUAAUCAGGGGGCAGACUCAGGUUGGUCUACUCAUAUUUCUUGGAUCCACAGUUGGAAUGGCUUUUGUUGAGGGCUUAUUUGAGCAUAGAGUGAAGACGCUGAGCUAUGGUGAUGGGUCUUCCCGCAUAUGGGAAGGGCCUCUUUUGGUGGUUAUGUAUUCAUUUGUAGUGCUUAUUGACUCUAUGAUGAAUGCUGUUUUCUACUUCAGUUGCAGAUCUUUUAGGAUGGAAACAUCUUUAGAAGGUGAAUCUGAUUCAAUUAUGGAAACGAUGACUUUUUCUGCUGAAUCAGUUGGUAUUCAAUGACACUGGAUGUGCCAUUACCAUAAUUCUUUGGUUCAAUAAUGAUGAAGACGGUAGCUGCUGGGUGUGGUUACCACGGAUUAAACAGUGCAGACUUGUGCAUUUUGGUAGACCUUCCAUACAAAGGUUCAGGGGAGGCUGUAACUUCAAGUGCUUCAAUUUCUUGAACAUAUGCUUCAUUUGAGUGCACUGUGCAGAGUUGUAUUCAUGAGUGAUAUUGAAGGGAGCUUCAAGAAUAGACAGUAUUUGAAGGCUUCACAUUGCAAAAUUUGACGAGA